UGAUGACGCAUGUGGCUGACGCAGGCAGUAUAAAGCGCUGUUUUCUGACGUCAGCGCCCUCUUCCCUGCCUAUGCCCUCGUGAGGUGGGCAGUGUAAAAUUCCUUGUCUCUUUUCUCCACCAAGAGAAUCCAAAACCAUCUGUCAAAAUGGUGAACUUCACCGUAGACCAGAUCCGUGCCAUCAUGGACAAGAAGGCCAACAUCCGUAACAUGUCCGUGAUUGCGCACGUGGACCAUGGAAAGUCAACUUUGACAGAUUCCCUGGUGUCAAAGGCUGGCAUCAUUGCCUCAGCUCGUGCUGGAGAGACCCGUUUCACAGACACCCGCAAAGAUGAGCAGGAGCGUUGCAUUACCAUCAAGUCAACAGCCAUCUCCCUGUACUACGAGCUGAGUGAAAAUGACACCGCCUUCAUUAAGCAGUCCAAGGAUGGCUCUGGUUUCUUGAUCAACUUGAUCGAUUCCCCAGGGCACGUUGACUUCUCCUCUGAAGUGACUGCUGCUCUCCGUGUCACUGACGGAGCCCUGGUUGUGGUGGACUGCGUGUCUGGCGUCUGCGUGCAGACUGAGACUGUGCUCCGUCAGGCUAUUGGCGAGCGCAUUAAGCCAGUCCUGAUGAUGAACAAGAUGGACCGUGCCUUGCUGGAGCUGCAGCUUGAACCCGAAGACCUUUACCAGACCUUCCAGCGUAUUGUUGAGUCUGUCAACGUAAUCAUUUCCACCUAUGGCGAGGAUGAAAAUGGACCUAUGGGUAACAUCAUGGUUGAUCCAGUCCUCGGCACCGUUGGCUUUGGCUCUGGACUCCAUGGCUGGGCUUUCACCCUCAAGCAGUUUGCUGAGAUGUAUGCAGCCAAGUUUGCUGCCAAGGGCAACGCCCAGAUGACACCUGUUGAGCGCUGCAAGAAGGUGGAAGACAUGAUGAAGAAGCUGUGGGGUGAUAGGUACUAUGACACAGCAAAUGGAAAGUUCGUCAAGUCCGCAAUUGGAGCCGAUGGCAAAAAGUACCCCCGCACCUUCUGUGCUCUUGUUCUGGAUCCCAUCUUCAAGGUGUUUGAUGCCAUCAUGAACUUCAGAAAGGAUGAAGCUGCCAAACUGAUCCAGAAGAUGGACAUCAAGUUGGACAAUGAGGACAAGGAUAAGGAGGGUAAGCCUCUCCUAAAGGCUGUCAUGCGUCGCUGGCUGCCUGCUGGAGAAGCCCUUCUGCAAAUGAUCACCAUUCACCUGCCUUCCCCUGUCACUGCCCAGAAGUACCGUUGUGAGCUCCUCUAUGAAGGACCUGGAGAUGACGAGGCUGCCAUGGGCAUCAAGAACUGCGACCCCAAGGGUCCCCUGAUGAUGUACAUCUCAAAGAUGGUCCCCACCAGUGACAAGGGUCGCUUCUAUGCAUUUGGUCGUGUGUUCUCUGGGUCUGUGUCCACUGGCCUGAAGGUACGCAUCAUGGGACCAAACUUCGUCCCUGGCAAGAAGGACGACCUCUACUUGAAGCCAAUUCAGAGGACCAUUCUGAUGAUGGGCCGUUACGUCGAGCCCAUUGAAGAUGUGCCUUGUGGUAACAUCGUGGGUCUGGUUGGAGUGGACCAGUUCCUUGUCAAGACAGGCACAAUCACCACCUACGACCAAGCACACAACAUGAGAGUGAUGAAGUUCAGCGUCAGCCCCGUUGUCAGAGUAGCUGUGGAGGCCAAAAAUCCCGCUGACCUGCCCAAGCUGGUGGAGGGUUUGAAGCGUCUGUCCAAGUCUGAUCCUAUGGUGCAGUGCAUCAUUGAGGAGUCUGGAGAGCACAUUGUUGCUGGAGCUGGAGAGCUGCACCUGGAGAUCUGUCUGAAGGAUUUGGAGGAGGAUCAUGCCUGCAUUCCAAUCAAGAAAUCUGAUCCUGUGGUGUCCUACAGAGAGACUGUCAGCGCAGAGUCAGAUAUCAUGUGUCUGUCAAAGUCACCCAACAAGCACAACCGUCUGUUCAUGAAAGCCCGUCCCUUCGAGGAAGGCCUGGCAGAAGACAUUGAGAAGGGUGAGGUUUCCUCUCGUCAGGAGCUCAAGGCCCGUGCCCGUUACCUUGCUGACAAGUACGAAUGGGACGUCGGCGAGGCCAGAAAAAUCUGGUGCUUCGGUCCUGAUGGAACUGGCCCCAACCUGCUGGUGGACGUUACCAAGGGAGUGCAGUACCUCAAUGAGAUCAAGGACAGCGUUGUUGCUGGUUUCCAGUGGGCCGCCAAGGAGGGUGUCCUCUGUGAAGAGAACAUGCGUGCCAUUCGCUUCGACAUCCAUGAUGUGACCCUGCAUACAGAUGCUAUUCACCGUGGUGGUGGCCAGAUUAUCCCCACAGCCCGCAGAGCUCUGUAUGCUUGUGAGCUCACAGCUGAACCCAGAGUUAUGGAGCCCGUCUACCUUGUCGAGAUCCAGUGCCCUGAAGGUGCAAUGGGUGGCAUUUACGGCGUGCUGACCAGGAGGCGUGGUCAUGUGUUUGAGGAGUCCAGGGUCAUGGGAACACCUAUGUAUGUCAUCAAGGCCUACCUGCCUGUCAACGAGUCAUUCGGUUUCACAGCUGACCUGCGUUCCAACACUGGUGGCCAGGCCUUCCCACAGUGCGUGUUCGACCAUUGGCAGAUCCUCCCUGGAAACCCACUGGAUGCCACAUCCAAGCCCGGUAUAGUUGUCCUUGAGACACGUAAACGUAAAGGUCUCAAAGAAGGUGUCCCAGCCUUGGACAACUACCUGGACAAAUUGUAAAAGCUUGGACACCCCUCUUGGCACUUGUCUCAUUCCUCCAUAACCAACAAAUUUAAGUCUACGUUGUGGGACCGGACUGUACAGAACACAGUGAGCACUAAUGUUUGCCAAAAGGAUAGACAAUAAUUAAGAAAUGACUACAAAAAUUGUAAACGAUAAAUAAAAGAAAAUAAAAACUUU